AUGAAGGAUCAGGAACUGGUUGAAUUAAAGUUAGAGGAGUUUGAGUUUCGAUUGGAGUUGUCACUUCUGGAGAUGAUCGUAAAGUGGGAAAACAAUGGAAACCCGAAUAAAACUAAGGACAACUUUGAUAAAAAUACAAAUUAUGCUGACGAUGAUGACCCGAGUGGAUCAGACGAAGGUCCUGCUUCAGAAGAUGUUGUUGCUUCUGGAGCAGCUGGAGCAGAAAACGCUGAUGACGUGGCAGCACCUGGAGCAGAUGGUGUCCCCGUUUCUCUAUCUCGUUCUCUUUCACGACUACUCGGAGGUGGAAUUGGAGCAGCUGGUGGACCAGAAGAUGGAUUCGGUCCGCCUGGAGCAGAGGAUGCACCUGAUGACGUGGCAGAUGGAAUAGUGAUUUGCAUGACUGGAGGGCCAGGAGUUGGAGUUGGUCCGAUGGAUUGA